ACACCCAAUCCCCUUUCCCCUGCAGACCCAUCUUCUCCCACAAGCCAACAGCUACCCAGACACAAACUUCCUCAAUUCUCUUUUUCCUCCCUUGUCCCGGAAGAAUCAAGCAACUGAUCAAAAGCCGCCUCUCUCCCGGUCUGCCCUUUCUUUUCUCAGAAGCUACUCUUUCAUUUCUCUAUAUUACUUACUAGUACACUUUCCUUUUUUCUUCCCCUCUGCAUGUUGUCUCUGUCGAAGCUUUCACGGCCCUCAUUUCCCCACACGAGAAAUCGCUGCUCCUCACGGAAAAGCAUUUCCAAAAGGUCCCGUUUUCCCCUUUAUAUAACCCCAACACCCUUGCUGCAAUCUCUCUGUCCAUCUUUCACUGAGAAGUAACAAUGACGGGGCUCCCGCUGACAGCGAUUGCUCAGUCCUUGCUGUUGUUGGCUAUUUUUGUUCUCCUCCAUUCUUGUUUGGUAGCCCAUGCAAUUUUAAACCCUAUUGAUUUUCUGGCUUUACAAUCUAUUCGGAAGAGCUUGGAUGAUUUGCCCGGUUCCCAUUUUUUCGCUUCCUGGGAUUUUACCUCCGAUCCCUGCAACUUCGCCGGAGUGUAUUGCGUUGGAGAUAAUGUCAUCGCCUUGAAUCUCGGCGACCCUAGAGCUGGUUCCCCUGGACUCACAGGCAGGCUGGACCCUGCCAUUGGCAAACUCUCCGCCCUCACCGAAUUCACCGUUGUUCCCGGACGGAUCAUCGGCCCGUUGCCGGAAUCCUUAUCCCAGUUGAAGAACCUCAGGUUCCUUGCCGUGAGCCGGAACUUCAUCUCCGGUCAGAUUCCCGCUACUCUGGGUCAGCUCCGAGGUCUGCAUACCCUGGACCUUAGCUUCAAUCAGCUGACCGGAAGCAUUCCUUGGUCGGUGGGAGCACUGCCGGCGCUGUCCAACGUCAUUCUCUGCCACAACCGUCUCUCGGGUCCGGUCCCUCCUUUUGUUUCGCAGACAUUAACCCGGCUAGACCUCAAACAGAACGAUCUUUCGGGGUCCUUGUCCCCGGCUUCGCUCCCUCCAUCCCUUGAAUACCUCUCGUUGUCGUGGAACCGAUUCAGCGGUCCGGUGGACAGGCUUCUCGGCGGUUUAAAUCGGCUGAAUUACUUGGACCUGAGCUUGAACCAAUUCACCGGCUGCAUUCCAGGUCGCUUAUUCUCUUUCCCAAUCGCCAACCUCCAAUUACAAAGGAACUUAUUUUCGGGUCCGGUUGAACCGGUCGAUCAGGUGACAAUUCCCACCGUUGAUCUGAGUUACAACAGGUUAUCGGGUGAAAUAUCCCCACUCCUCGCGACGGUACAGAAUUUGUAUCUGAACAAUAACCGGUUCAUGGGUCAGGUGCCAAAUAGCCUGGUGGAUCGGUUGUUAUCGGCAGGUAUACAGAUACUGUAUCUGCAGCAUAACUAUUUAACAGGGAUCGACAUCAAUCCGGGGGCUGAGAUUCCGGUGAGCAGUUCGCUGUGUCUGCAGUACAAUUGCAUGGUGCCGCCACUGCAAACUCCUUGCCCGCUCAAGGCUGGGAAGCAGAAGACCAGGCCGACCGAUCAGUGUAUUGAGUGGAAGGGUAGAACCAGGAAUUAGACCGUCGUCGUGUUUAUUUCACCAAUGGGCAAAAUUUUUGCAGGCUCUCUAUUUUUGGUCAAGCCGUGACACAUUUUCUUUUCUUUUUUUUUUUUUUGGGUUUGGGAGGGGGUUGUAUGUGUGGGGGAAGUGGAAGAAGGCAAAUAGGAGAUUCAUUUUAUUUAUUUUUGUGAUGAGUAUAUUAAUUGGGGUUAAAGUACUGAGUAGCGGUAGUACUCAACAAGUAGCAGAAAAAUAAAAAGCAAAGCAAAAUGUGGAUAAGCAGAGAAACUACUACUAAUAUUUAUUAUUUUUUGUAAAUUUUUCGGGAUAUGGUACUUCUCUGAUGAUAAAUAGGAGUUGAUGGGUAAGAAGUUGAUUAUGCUUUGUUUAAUUUUUAGUGAGUGACUAAUAAGAU